UUUGAUUUGUGAUCAUUGUUUUGUUAAAGUUAAAUAUUAGGUUAAGUCAUCAAGUAAUUUUUCGAUUUUUUCGACAAAAUGCCCCUUAUAAUAUUAACAGGAAUUCCUUGCAGUGGAAAAACAACUAGAUGUGAGGAACUGAAAAAGUUUUUCUCAGAAAAGGAUAAAGAAGUAAUAAUUGUUAGUGAGGCAGAACAAAUUGCAAGAUCUGGAUUUGACAAAAACACUAUAUAUUUAGAUGCCAAUAAAGAAAAACACAUUCGGGGGUUGCUUAAGUCAGAAGUUAUGCGAUAUGUUACAUCAACAAAUAUAGUUAUUCUAGAUGGAUUGAAUUAUAUCAAAGGUUUUAGGUACGAAUUAUAUUGUGGUACAAAAUCUAAUAAAGCAACCCAGUGCACAAUUCAUGCGGAAAUAAAUAGAGAAGAAUCUUGGAAGUUUAAUGAAAACAGAGAUGAAUUAGAUAAAUACACACGGGAAGUGUACGAUGCACUUGUUUUAAGGUAUGAAGAACCUGAUGGCAACAACAGGUGGGAUGCACCUCUGUUCAUGAUCUUUCCUGAACAGGAAUUAGAUAAAGAAAAAAUCUUCUCAACUUUAUUUGACAAAGCAGCACCAAAGCCAAAUAAAUCUACCCAGAAUGCACCCUUGAGUUCCACAAAUUUUUUGUACGACUUGGACCAAUCUACAAAAAAAAUUGUUGCAUCAAUAAUUAAGGCUAAGAAGGAAAAUUCAGUUGGUAAAGUGAAGAUUCCAGAGUUUGAAAAUUUAUACAUAGAUGUCAGCAGGGUGUCAAUACCAGACCUGUCCAGACUCAGAAGACAAUAUAUUUCUUAUUCUAAGUUGAAUCCUCCAAAUUCACAAGAAAUUUCAGCUUUAUUUGUUCAAUAUUUGAAUACAAGCUUGACCUAAAA